AUGUCCUCCCCACAAACUCGACCGACGUGUUCACGCUGUUCUCGCUGUUUUACGAAAACAUCGUCUUUAACGAGACACCGCAAGCGCUGCCUCCAAAAUAUCAAGGGGCCAUCAAGGCGGAAAUCAUGCGUUGCUUGUGCAGGCUCCAAGCUGCGUUGUGAUUUGCAGCGACCAAGUUGUAGUCGAUGUCUAGAGCGUACUUUGGUCUGUGAAUAUGCGUCAAGAGAUGGCACGGCGAUAGCGCCAUCAUUGGCGGCAGUGACGGCCGGAGGGUCUAUUCUUCACGAUCAAUCACCAGACGACCAGUCUCUCAGGUAUAAUGAAGCUGUAAAUGCAUCAACUGUUUCCUCAGCACAGAAAACCACAUCAUCUAUAGAAUCCAUUGGCAGCAGUACACUGCCAGAAAGCGACGAUCCCCUCUCACUGGUUGAUUGCGGAGCAGAAUCUACGCCUCCCUCCCAGGCAGACACCUCGCGAGAAAAUGUAUCACGAGGCAGCGUGUCGGAUCGGGAUGGCACGUUUGAUUCCAUGACUGCAGCGCCUGAAAUUGGCCGCGGGGUAUUUGAAGAGAGUGGGAUUGACAAUCCGGAAAUGAUUGCGCCUGAAUUGAUAAUAUCCAGCUACAGGCGCCAGAUUCUACUUGGUGCAGCACGAGACACUCCGAAUACCGAUCCCGUCGCUAGACAUACGAUGCAUUUCGUGAUCCGGGUCCUUAAAUCCUGGCCACGAAUGAUGGCUACACAUCACACCAGCCAUCUUCCGCCCAUUAUUCACAGGCUCCAGUUGGCAGAUGGCAUACCAAUUCCUCUGGCUUAUUGCUACACAUUGGCGAAGAUGUGGAUCACGCACUCGGAGGGGAGUCGUGAUUUAGUGCAAAAAACGAUACACGAUGAAGUUCGAAGGCUGCUUCGGGACUACAACACUUACAAUGUAAUGGAGCUUCUUGCAGCCGCACAGUCCAUGCUCAUUCUCCUCAUCAUCCUCUUUUUCGGCAUUGGACCCUCACCGGCACUGGCCCAUCCGAUUGACGCGCAACUGCUGAUAGACAUGUGGAACGUCAAACGCAGCUUGGCCAGCACGGGUUUGUUCCUAGAACAAGAAUCAAAUCACACCCUGCCAUCCUGGAAAGAAUGGGCAAUUGUCUCCGCCAAGCGCCGCACGAUUCUCGGCCUCCAUCAUCUCGAGUGGGCAUGGUCGCUUCGAUACGGAUAUCCCAUCCUCACGUGCUUUGAGCUGGGGCCAUUUCCUGCUCCUGCUGCCAGAUAUCUCUGGCAGAACGCCCAUGAGAAGGAGUGGCAGUGUCUUUAUAAAGACUGGCUCAGGCAGUGGGCUGAUGGGAGUUACAAAAUGAUGGAAUUGUUUCGAGUCAAUGCUGGCAAGGAAAGUGAUGCUCUGGAUCCUAGAAGUGAGCUGUGGCUAGCAGAAGCAGACGAGUUUGGCGUGAUGCUGAUGGCGGAAACCAAUGGCAUUGGUGUUCAGUACUAG